ACACAAUUCACGACCACUUGAGAAACAUAACACUCACUGAUAAAAAAAAAAAAAAAGCUCAUUGUUUUUUUUUUCGCGCACACACUGAAGAUCUCAUAGUGUCGACAUGGGUUAUUGCCAAGACGACAAGCUAGUGAACACGAUCUGCGAUCUGUACGAAAAGAUCUCGAAGCUGGAGAGCCUGAAACCUUGUGAAGAUGUCGACACUCUUUUCAAGCAGCUCGUGUCCACAUGCAUGCCACCAAACCCUAACAUCGACGUCACCAAAAUGUCUAAAAGCAUCCAAGAGAUGAGAUCAAACCUCAUUAAGCUCUGUGGGCAUGCUGAAGGUCACUUAGAGCGUCACUUCUCUUCAAUCUUAACCUCGUUUGAAGACAGCCCACUACACCAUUUGAACCUUUUCCCGUACUACGACAACUAUCUCAAACUAAGCAAGCUCGAGUUCGAUCUUCUCGAACAGAACCUCCACGGAUUUGUUCCAAAGACUGUAGCUUUCAUUGGCUCUGGUCCUCUCCCUCUCACUUCCAUCGUUCUUGCCUCUUUCCAUCUCAAAGACUCAAUCUUUCACAACUUUGAUAUCGACUCAUCAGCGAACUCCGUUGCAGCUCGUCUGGUAUCGUCUGAUCCUGACCUCUCUCAACGCAUGUUGUUCCACACAGUUGAUGUAAUGGAUGUAACAGAGAGCUUGAAGGACUUCGACGUUGUGUUCCUGGCAGCUCUUGUCGGGAUGGAUAAACAAGAGAAGAUUAAAGUGAUCGAGCAUCUUGAGAAACACAUGUCUCCUGGUGCUUUGCUCAUGUUGCGAAGCGCUCAUGGACCUAGAGCAUUUCUAUAUCCAAUCGUUGAGCCUUGUGAUCUCCAAGGUUUCCAAGUGUUAUCGGUUUAUCGCCCGACCAAUGAAGUUAUCAACUCUGUGGUGAUCUCAAGGAAGCUCGCUGGAGAUGUAGGUAAUGGUGUUAUUCAUGAUCACAUGGAUCAAGCUUCUGAGCUCGCGGGCAACUGUUUCCAGAUCCACGCGAUUAUGAACAAGAAGAAGAGCAUUGUCGAGGAGUUCACAGGAUCUAUUGAAGAACAGCUUUCUUAGAGAUUACUGUUUCAUUACAGUUUUCUUGAUCAGUACUGUCUUUUUCCUACAAUAAACUGGCUGUUCAUGCUACAGUAUCGUUCUUGUCUUUUCUUUGUUCUGUUUCUUGGCAUCUGAUUUGAGAUUUGACGAUGACCAUUUCAUUUUGUUGGAUUCUGACAAGUCUAUUGCAAUUUGCAAAGGAUCAAUCAAACUUAAUCUGUGACAGAACCGAUUACUCUUGUCGGUAUUAAAUAGAAAGAAAACAUAAAUGG